AUGCACCUGCAAGUGCUGAAAGAGCUGGCCAAUGUCAUGGAGGGAUCUUUGAAAAGCCUGGGCAGCCUCGUGCUGGAGCUGGUGGGCUUCGUUGUGUUUCUGAGGUACCAGAUUUAUUAUGAUUACCCUCUGCAGUCAUACCUGGAAUAUCCCAUCAUCAUCGCACAAGAUAUCAUUCUCCUUUUGCUUAUUCUGCAUUUCAGUGGAAACAUGAAACAAGCUUUGCUUUAUGCAGUCACGUUCUGGGGGGGCUGGUACAUGCUAACGCUGCGGAGGUGGAUCAUAGACCUGGCCAUGAACUUGUGCACACUCAUCAGUGCAGCGAGUAAGCUCGCUCAGCUGCGGUGCCUGUGGCAGACCAGAGAUUCCGGACAAGUGAGCGCCUUGACCUGGAGCAUGUCUGCGUACACCUGUGCAACAAGAAUAUUUACAACUGUAAUGACUACGAAUGAUCUGAUAGUUCUCAUCCGUUUCAUAACCAUGCUCAUUCUCAAUAUUUGGGUCACGGCCACAAUCCUGCGCUACAGGAGAACUAAAAAGACCGAUUAGAAGAUGCUCAUCAGCAUACAACGUGAAAAGAAAAAAAGGGAAAAGGAAACUGAUAUGGUUAAACAGCAGAAAAAAGCUGAGGAAAAGUUGAAAGGGGAGAUUUAAUCUGGACAUAGGGGAAAAGGUGUUUCACCAUUAGGGUGGUGAGGCACUGGCACAGGUUGCUCAGAGAGGUGGUGGGUGCCCCAUCUUUGGAGACACCCAAGGUCAGGCUGGAGGGGCUCUGAGCAGCUGGUGGAGCUGUGGGUGUCCCUGUUCAUUGCAGGGAGUGGAACCAGAUGGCUUUCAAGGCUUCUUUCCAACUCAGACGAUUCUGAUUCUAUGAAGCGCUCUCUCUUAAGCCUAGUAUUUGUCUCUAGAAAGAUUUAGUGCAGUUCUGCUUAUUUUCUCAUAGAAAUAAUUCUGAUAUGAUACUUAAUUUAGGCAGCACACUUUUAUUAGUUAUUUGUGACAGGUUUCCCUGAUGACACUUUUUCUCUGGAUCUUUUUUAGUAAAUGAACAAGGUAUUUGUAUUUAGACAUCUGUAUGUUUUCAUAUCACUUCAGUACUUUCUGGUUACGUAUUAGCAGUUAUUUUCUUCAAUUCUACAAAUUAUACAAGAGAACUUUUUGGCAGCAUAUCUGCUCUUCUGUCUACAUCUGCUGCCAAUUUGAAAAUGUCAGGUGCCUCUUUUUCUUGCAAGCAACUCAAAUAGUCAGACAUUAAGUACCUGUAUUUUAGCAUAGAGAAGAUUGAGUAAAGGCCCAAAUCAGAAUAUAUUUCUAAAUGAGUUUAACAGUCAGGGACCAGCUGGGACUGCAGCACUGCACGCAGCACUUGAGCAGUACAUUCACACAGCUGAUACAGGAUAUCUGUAGUCACUUCCAUACAGGCAGUUUUUAUGAUGAUAAGAACAAAAACAACUGUGUUCUUCUUUCUCAACCUGAGCUCUCCAUCACUGAACACACUGUUUUGGGAACAGCAGUAACUGGAAGGUACGGAGAUUAAUGAGACUUUGAGAGUUAAUUCUGUUCCAAGAGAGGCUCUUGCAGUGAUGCCCAGUCUCCAUGUGCAAUCUGUACUGACUGUAGCCCAUCUAUGCACUGUGAUGCAUUAAAGCAAACCUGUCUACAAUGGUUAUCAGGCUUUGAUGAUGGUACAGUAUGCUUUAUUACUUUUUAACCUGUCCUGAAGAAUUUAUAGACUGAAGUUGAAUUUUUACUAUGGAGAUUCCAACCGGUUUUAGUAGGUAUAUUUAAAAAGGGAAAAAGAUGUUCUUAAAAACUUUUAGCAGGGGAUUUUACUUUCAGAAGAGGUACUUUUCCAACCCGAAGUUAGAGCAGGUACCAUAGAGAAUACAAUAACCACUGAUUUCUCAAUGCGUUCUCCAAAAUGAAUAGAUAUACCUUUUCAGUAGAGUCUUACACUGUUGCUGCUGAUGGGCAUGCUGAAAACAAGGCGCUCGUGAUCCUGGCAGGCUUGCAAACUAUGGGAAGACACAUUGAGUACAUUUGAGUCAGGUUUUCCUUGCAAUGUCCUGAAUCAUUGGGAUGUUACAGAGCAGUGGGAUCUGCAAAAGCAGAUCUUUCUGCCAGCAGUCAUACAGCAAGCAGAGACCUUCGCUGUCUGAAACAAAGCUGCUUUGUCAGCUCUGAUUCUGGGGAGGGAAAGGGUGGAAGGAGGAAUGUCUGUGGACAUAUGCUAUUGGGUAUCUCACGUUAUUGAGAGAAAAUUAAAACAUGAGGCUUUUUUACUGCUUCAGUAAAGAAUGCUCAGAAGUUUCUCUGUUGGUGGAGAGAGUAAUUGUAAAUAUUCUACUGAUUUUACUGAAGCUAUCUGAAAUGUCUAAGUAAUUUGGUGGCAAGUGGCAUGUAAUACGUUUUCCAGGUCAUAUUAAUAAAUGCUAUUCUUCAUGAUUGAUUAAUGUCA